AUGUCUCGUCCAAGCACGCUUGGAUCUUCUUUCCUCAAGGACCGCCGGGUUCGCAACUCGACGGCUCCUUGCCGCUCCUUUGUGCCAGCCUGUUCCCCCAUCAGAACAGCUGGCGUUCGUUCCUUUGCUGAGCUUCGCUCGUCCAUUCGUUCUGCGGUCACUCCUGUCCGCCCCGCUCCUUCCGCUCCGCCAGCUGCUCCCGCGCGUUUUGCGCCUUCCGCUCCUUCCUCGCGGGUUCGCCCCGUUCCUGCACCUCCUCUGUUCUCCACCAGGGCAGGUGCGCCACUCACUCGCAGCCUUCCUCGUCCAGAACAACCCCCUCGCGCUCCUUCCACUCGCUCCAGUUCGCCGCCUCGCCGAACCUUCCUCUUCGAGCGCACCCAGCACUUCAUCGACCGCCUCCACCGAGAGUCUGCCCGACGUGCCCAAGACAGGGCCGAUCACGCCGCUCUCGACGCCAUUCGUUCAGCUCGGGACCAGCGACGCCAAGAGUACAUCACUCAGAUGAAAGCUCGCCAUGGCUGGCUCCCUUCCGCUCCUUCCUCUCCUCGUCCAGCCGCUUCCUCCGCCAACGUCACUCGUUCUUCCGUGGACCGACCACUGUCGCUCCGCGAACGCCUUGCUCAGUCGAGAGCACGUCGGCAAUCGACCACCUCCUCUCCUUCGACCGAUGCCACUCGUUCUUCUGUCCCUCAGGACCACCCUGCGGACCGUCCACUGUCGCUCCGCGAACGCCUUGCUCAGUCGAAAGCACAUCGGCAACAGACCACCUCCUCUCCUUCGGCUGGUGCCACUCGUUCCCCGGCUGCUUAUGUCGAAGCACGCCAAAAGAUCCUCAACCUCAUCGCUUCCCGCCGCCAGGCGGCCGCCGCUCGCUCAGCCACUGCCGCUCGUUCUCCUCUUCCUGGCUCCUCCUCGCCCCAGCCCCGGCCACCCACUCGUUCCACUAUCCUCGAAGUCCUUGCUCGACUGGGUAACACCGCGGAACCAUCCCCGCGGCAACACCCGCCGACACCCCUUCCGGCCUCGCCAAUGACCCAACGCACGGCGACUCCAGCUGCAGUCCCUGUUCCUGCUCAGAGAGCGCUCGCGUCUGCUCAUGAACCCCUGCUUAAGCCUGCGAUUUCGAUCAACGGCCCCCGCCAGGGUUCCACUUGGCGUACCGCUGUCCUGAUGAAGUACUGGUGGCGCAGCUACACCGACCCCAAGGGUUCCCUUGUCAGGGGUGAUGACGCACCCCCGUACGCGGGAACCAGGAGCGCCAAAGCCUCGUUCCACUCCGUCGCCGACGCCGAACCCGACGACGCCGAACCCAAUCGCACUGCCUCCUCGGAGGGCUUAUGGUGGCGUACAAGCGCGGAGUUGGGGUGGCUGGUGGGCCGCGCUUGA